AUGCCCGACGUCCCCCUUCUCUCCCCCCUCCCAGCCUCCUCCUCCUCCCUCCCCGCCAACCUCAUACUCGCACGCUGCCGCGUGCCCGCCGACACCGCCGCCAUCGCCUCGGUGUACCUCGCCGCGUUCCGCGGGUCCGGUUUCGAAUACUGGUGGGCGCCGUCGGCGGCGGCUAUGCGUGACUGGGUUGAGUUAAGGUUCGGCGUCGAGGAUUCCGCCGAGGCGCUGUUUAAGAUUGUAGAUGAGGAUGGGAGUGGGGGUGAGGAUGAAGAUGGGGAUGGGAGGCAGGAGGAGAGGGAAGGGGGCAAAGUGGUUGCGUUUGCGAAGUGGAAUGUGCCGCCUGGGCGGAUCCGGGACAUGCUCCAGGGGGGUCGGCGUAUGGGGGAAAUGACGGUAGGUGGGACUGCGGCUGGUGGUGGUGGUACAGAUGGGGCGAAAGCGGAAUGGAAUGGUAAAGGAGACGUGGUGGCCACGGCGGGCGACAUGAGCGCCGCAGAGAAGAAGAGCCGGCAGAAACCGCCGCCCGGUGCCGACGUGGCCGCAUACGAGGAGCUCUCCAGCGGCGCCAAGAAACUGGCGGACAAAUGGGGAGCGAAGGAUAAGUUGGGUCUCUCGGUGCUCUGCGUCGAUCCAUCGUAUGGCGGCCGCGGGCUCGGAUUUAUGUUAUUGAAGACCAUGCUUGAUGUCGCGGACGCGGAGGGUGUCACGGCCUAUGUCGAUGCUCUCAGGAGGGCGACGCCGCUGUACGAACGGCAUGGCUUCGUCGCUGUUGAUAGCAUCGAGUACGACGGCGGGAGCGUGGUGAUUGACAUCAUGAUACGCGAGCCGCGACGGGGGUCGUGA